UCGCCAACCUUUUGUUCAUCGCCUCACCCCCCUUCCACCACCGCCUAUUCCAAGCCAAUUCAUUCGCCCUGGAGCUCUAAGCCCGUACAGCACAUUGUCCUUCUGUUACAAAUACCUUGAAUCGUCUACCACACCAAUUUCCCACUGCCUUUCUCGCCUCUCGCAGGUUCGGCAAUCUCCUGCCCCUCCUCAUUCUCACCUCAACCUCCAACCUGACCGAUACCGAACGACCGACAAAUCUAACCUGACCUCCGCGUCCACCACCUGCUCUGCUGUUAUCCCCUGCGCUCCAUCCUCUGAUCCGCGGAUACCUCUACGGACCUCCCUACUUUUUCUCCGAUCGGGCUCUUUCUCCCUGCCCCGUCGCAAAACAGCACACUGAAUAACCGGCGGCAAUACUUUUCUUUCUGACUUUUGACCGAUCGGAACCAAUGAAAACUACGUGAGAGAUUGCGAAUAAUACAUCGAGCCUUGCCAUCGUCAUGGCGCGACGAUACGAUAUCGAUGAGCUGCUAUGGCUGCGCUCAUCACCACUGGUCACGAGGCCAGCUAACCUGCCUCCGGCGGAGGACUGGAUGGGACCGCCCCCUGAUCGUACAGCGCAACGAAACGCAAACAAUAACCACAACGAAACGUCAACUCGGCGGCCAAGCAUUUUCGAGACUCGUCACAUUUCUCGCAAUUCAAAUUCAGAGGAUAUCGUCCUUGGACCUCCGAAAACCGCCUUCGCUUCCGCAUCUCGCAUAGCCGGUAAAGGCUCGAUAGAUGCCACGGAGAGGGGGCCUAUCAGACCUGGGGAAUCGGAUGAUCCGAAGAAUGACCGUUUCAACUUUCGAGACAAAUUUUUCAAAGAACGCGAUGCUGGCGACAGAGACUUCGCGGGACGUGAGGGCAAGAUGGGAACGUUCAAUAACCGUCGAGGAGAGAAGGAGGACUGGAACAACGGCCGCCAGCGCCGCACUCUAGGCCAAGAAGAGCGGGAUGGAAAACCGAAGCGCAAUGGAGAAUUCGAUAGGUGGGAGCCUCGUGAUCCUCGGGACCCGAAUGCUGAGCGCGGUGCAAAGGACAAGGAUGGCCGGUUCUUCCCUCGCCGAGAGGUGCCACCGGGCCGUGCUAGACACGAAGCGAGUUGGUUCCGUGAAGAUAACGCAGAAGAUGCACCUGAAACUCAGGAAGAGAAAGCUUCUGUGCGCAGCCGGGACUGGCGCCGUGACAGACAUGGUGCUGACCGGGACUGGGCUCGGGGCGCGAAGCUGGAACAAGAACCUGAGUGGCUGGAUGCGAAUGACCGGGAUGAACCAAGAAGAGUGCACACGCAAGAAGAUUUUGAGCGAUGGAAAGAGAAAAUGAAGGCUGGAUCUUCCCAAGCCCAGCCGGAAGAAAGCAAAGAAUCCUACAUUGGGCAGACAUCUGAAACUGCGCAGAGAACAGAGACAAGACCUACUGAUGGCGAGAUUUUUAGUCCUACUGGUGCAGCACUCCACGACACAACAAUGGAGCGAUUUUUUGGCUUGUUGGGCGAGACAAAACCUGCCCAAGAUAUGGGACCGCCCGUACCGGCCGAACCAUUGGUGAAAAAGGAACAACCGCAUUUGGCGAAACCAGGAAAAUCCUCCCGUUUCGCAGGCCUAUUCAGUCCUCCGAUAGGUAGCCCUGCAAAGGAGCCCGAGUCGCCGAUAAGCGCGAAGUCCCCUGCUCCCAUGAACCCAUCCACUGAUGCCGACCAAGAAGGCUUCCAGCGCAUCUUGCAGAUGCUUGGUGGGGGUAGGUCACAUAAUGCUACGCCCCAUAAUGACUCUAUGCAAAAUCUUGGAUCAUCUAGCCAUGCGUCCUCCCUAGUCCACGCGGAGCACACCCGAAGCCCAAUUUCUCCUUCAAGAGAGCAGGGCCAACGGCCAGAGCAAAUGCCUAUUCAAGAUCAUUCUGCACGGAUCACGGAUCCUUCGCUGAAGGAGAAUUUCUAUAACCAGGAGCCUCAAGGACGAGACAGCCAGCACUUGCUUCGACUAAUGCAACAAGUCAGAGUGAGCCCUGGCGCUGGCCCAAAUCAGGGUCCCCAGGGCCAACCCCAGAGCGCCGGACCAGCUCCUGGAUUGAUGAGUAUGCCUGAUGGCAUGCCUCAUCCCCCAGGAAUUGGACCUGGCAUGAAGGGACCGCCAGGUUUCCUGGAUGAUCCCGCAAUUGCGGCGAUGCAGAGACCUGACGUAGAUCAGCUUCGACGACGACCUACCAACGGGCCACCGAUUGGCUUCUUUGACGACGUCCCAUUCCCGCAGGGAGCCCAGGUUCCUAUUACUCCUGGCGGAACUCGUGCACCUCAAGGCCAAGCACCGCCGAUGGGCAUUCAACGUCCACCCGGAUUUGAGCACAUGCCCCCUCCCGGAUGGGCUGGACACCACCUGUCUCCACAACAAGCCGGCCCACCUGGACCUUUGGCUCCUCCGCCAGGUAUUCCCACGCCGAACAGGGGCGUUAACCCUGGAUAUAUGCCAAAUGUGAUGCCGCCACUUCCUGGGAAUUUGCCAAUGAACGAGCGUCAGCCUUUCCCUCGUGGACCUCCUCCACCUGGAAUGAUGCCGCCUCCUGGUUAUAUGAACGGUCCUCCUCCCGGCGGCUUUCCCCCGAUGCCACACAACGGAGAGAACCUGAUGGGACCUUUCGAGGGUAACCCCGGUCUCCAAGGUGCCCCAAGCUCCAGGCACUUGCUUGACAUGUUUGGGCAAGCUGGCAUUGAUACGAGGGGUGGCAUGGUUGGACCCAGGCAAUUCCGAUAAAGUGGAUUACGGGAAGCAGGGUUGAUUGACUGUCUAUUUUGAACUAUAGCAGAGUAUGUCUUUAAGUCAUUAACACUUUGGCUUUCGCCUCGCGGGCCAUAUCCCAAUUCUGCAGAUCUUUUAUCUCUGUCCUCAAUGGAGGAUCGGGCUUUUAUGUCUAUCCAGUCAUUACCCUUGACUUUCAGGAGCGAGCCUGUGAGAGUAAUAGCGAUCGUUGAUAUCUCAGGCCAUGUACACGAUAUAUUGCGAUACUCAUCUUUAUCUAGGCCAGGAUAGUCAAUCCACUCGUGAGGUCCACAUUUUGUCUUUCUCCUUGUAGUGUUAAAUUUUCUUUCAUGAGACAGUAGCAGAUUUCUCAUUGCCUUGUGCAGAGUGCAAUCAUCAAAAUCCUGCAACUUACCACCUGCCUCCAUUCACUGAAUACUUAGCUCCCUACCCAUCAAUCU